AUGGCUGCACCAUCUUUCACUGCCUUAAGCAUCCCGAUAAUCGAUCUCGAGCGAGCCCGCUCAGGAGCUCCUGACGAAGUUACCCGAGCUGCCCAAGAAGUAUAUUUGGCGUUUAAGAACGUCGGAUUCGCUUACAUUAAGAACCAUGGUGUCCCGCAAGAACUUAUAGAUGAAGCCUUUGAAUGGAGUCGGAAAUUUUUCGCCCUCCCUCAAACGGACAAGCAGAAAGCGCCUCAUCCCCCAGAGGGCUGGUAUCAUCGAGGUUAUUCCGGAAUUGGUCGAGAGAAAGUCGUCCAAAUGGAAUUUGACAAAGAACGCAUUGCCGAGAAACGAAAAACACCCGAUGUCAAAGAGUCUUUCGAACUAGGAAACGAGUCUGACGAGCGCAUGCCAAAUAUCUGGGUCCCCGAUGAAGUUCUCCCAGGUUUUCGCGCAUUCUUCACUAGAUUUUUUGAGGUCUGUUCGGGUAUGGAGGAAGUGAUGCUAAGGACAAUUGCCGUCGGCAUGGGUCUGGAGAAGGAUUUCUUCUUGGAUUACCACCAGAACAAAACAAACCAGUGCAGACUGUUGCAUUAUCCCGCUGUGGAAGAGGAUCUUCUGCGCCUCGGGAAGGCUGAGAGAAUUGCUGCACAUUCUGAUUUUGGAACAAUGACUAUAUUGUUUCAAGACCAGGUCGGUGGCUUAGAAGUCGAGGAUAUUCAUGAAAAGGGAAAGUUCAAUCCGGCUCCUUACAUCCCAGGUACCGCAGUCGUCAAUAUUGGAGAUCUUCUGAUGCGCUGGAGUAAUGACGAGCUCAAGUCUACUCUGCAUCGAGUUCGUGCUCCGCCGCUCGUCGAUUCACCCAAUGGAUCAGCAGGCCGUAUGACACUUCCGCGCUAUUCUAUCCCUUAUUUCAUCAGCCCCGAUCGAGACCGAGUCAUAGAUUGUGUCCCAGGAUGCUAUGGGCCAGAUCGACCCAAGAAGUACGAGUCGAUUACGAGUGGGGAUUAUAUCUCAAUGCGGAUGAAUGCGACCUACUGA